AUGGAUGUCAGAUCGUUGAAACUGUCGCCGGUUGACCCAGCUGCGGUUUACAAUAGACGAGGAAUGUGUUGGAAGUAUCUUGGAAACCUUCCAGAAGCAAUAUCGGACUUAUCAGCAGCCGUUGAGAAAUCGGAGUAUGGGCUUUACGGCCGAGCUGAUGAUGAUUUAUGUAAGGCGAUAGCGAUGGGAGAUUGUGAUGGUGAUGGCAACUAUCUCUAUUAUCGUCGAGGAGUCGCACGUUUCGUACAACUACGGUAUGAGGAAGCUAUUGAGGAUCUAGAGAGGGCGGUCGAGUCUGAUCGGCCUCCUGAGGAGUGUAUGGCUGAUUUGUAUUAUCAUCUUGGAGUGUGCGAGGCGAAUAUUGGUAGUCGUCCCCAGCGAGCAGUGUAUGCCUUUACAAAAGCAAUAGAGCAUCUGCUGUCGAACCACGGGCCGCCGAGACCACACUACUAUCAUGAGAAGGCGAAAGCCCUACAGAACUGUGGGGAGCACGAGAAGGCUCUUAAGGACUUUUGCGAGGUUCUACGGUGGCAACCACUGAACUCUCGAGCGUUGUUUAGAAGGGCAUUCAGCUUUAAGGCCUUGAAGAUGUUUGACGAGGCGGCUGAGGACUUCGAAGCAGCAAGGGAGCUUGAGCCGGAUGACAUCAGAUUUGUGGUUGACUAUAAGAAAAUCGCUGAUUUCGAAACGGUUACGCUUUGUCCGGCUGGGCAUGAGGACCAGUUGGUGUAUCGAGACCCCGGACCACGACCAGAGGAUAUGGUCGAUGAGGGUUUGGUCAAGUUUGAGAAGCUCAUAGCUGAAGUCGUAGAUGAUGCUCCAGUUAUGGCAUGA